CGACUAUGUGGAUAAAAUCCGCCAAUAGUAAAUUAGAAAACGUACCAGCUUUCACUUCUCAGAGCGUUAGAGAACGUACUUCAAUGUUUAAUCAAAUUGCCAUUUUCUCGGGUACUCGUGUGGUGCAGUGAAUAAUUUGGAAAAGUGCAAUAUUUUCUAAUUAGAUCUAAGUUUUAACUUGAAAAUUUUCUUCAUCUUGUAGAGAACGAUCGUAUUUAAGUAAUAGAACGCGUUUUAAUGCAUUUCUUACCAUAAUAAACAGAUUUGCUAACCUGUUUAUCACCAUUGACGGAUGUCCUUGUAAAUUUUGCAAGAACCAGAGUGGCGGUAAAUUUAAUAUUUGAAAAUGCUAUAGUUUUAUGAUGUGCUUAGUUAUCGACAACUAUACAUUUCGCAAUGGGUAGUUCAGAAGAAAAUGUGCGUGUUAGUGAACCCAAUAGUGAAGUAAACACUGUAGUAAAUGAAGUUUGCGGUGAAAUUUCGGAGAACGAUGCAACCAUAUCGACGGAUACCAACGCAUCGCUGGUGAACGUGUCUGGUCAAUCUGUUUCGGAAACGAGCACUUCCAAGGACGAAACAGUUAACGUAGGAGGUAGUAAAAAAUCAAAAAAGAAGUUUCGACAUGGGCACGGUAAGAAAGACAAUACAGAUAGAAGUACCAUACGAAGGGUGCACUACACAGCCACGAAGUUCAAACAAGGCAGAAAGCGUGCACAAAGCUUCCCUACUAUUUCUAAAUUCUUUCUUCCUCACAAAAGACCGCGCAAAGACGUGUUUAUUCCACCAACAAAGUUUCUCCUUGGAGGUAAUAUCUCAGAUCCUUUGAACUUGAAUAGUCUUCAGGAUGAAGACAUCAACAGAGCAAUGAAUGCCGUUACUCCAGAAUCGUCUCCAUUGCCCACUCCUCCUCGUCACAAGGCAAAAAUUGAAGUGAUAAUACCCCCCAAUAUCAGGGAUCCCCUGAAUUUGAUGGAGCCUGUAGACAAUGAUGAAUAUGAAAAGCGUUUGGAGAUGCAGCAGCGUAAGCCUCGCAAGAAGCCGAAACUGCGACGCCGCACCACAGAUAACACAGAAUUGCCGACCAAAGAGGUUGUUGCGGUGAAAGAUGAGGGCAUCAAGGAGCCUCCACCGCCGGAGCCUUCUUCGUCUAAGUCACGAAAACGAUCUUGUAGUGACAGUGACAACUCAUCACAAAAAGGAAAAGAGGGUAAAAAGUUGCGUCGGAUGGAUUCACUGGAUAAAAUUGUUAGUCCUGUGGUGCCUCAGCCAGGAUCUUGGAAGAGAGCGCGUCCGCAGCCCCGCGUGGUGGCGGCGGAGCGCCCCACUUCCCCACGGACCAAGCUCAAGACUCAAACAGAGGGCGAACAAAAGUUACCUACGUUUAAUCCAAAAAAUUCCAAAUAUCAGUAUGGAAAUUAUGAUAGGUAUUACGGUUACCGCAAUCUCAACGCGAUGAUGGACGUACGCCUGCAAGUAUUCGAGAUGCACCGCCACCUGUUCCAGAAUAAGGAUGUGCUGGAUAUCGGCUGCAACGUGGGCCACGUCACGAUCGCCGUGGCCCGCAAUCUGGGCGCCCGCUCCGUCGUCGGCAUAGAUAUUGACCCGGCACUUAUUGGGAGGGCCAGAAGACAUUUGCAGACCUUCGUGCCCGUGCCCGAAGUACCAAAGAUAGAAGAGAAAAAGCCGGAAGAUCAAGAGAAGAAGGCUGAUUGUGAUAAAUGCAAGGAGGGCAAUUGCGAGGAGUGUCCUCCGAAGAAGGCGGAUGACGUCAAGAAGAUCCCUGGGAGGAAACUCAGGCGGCCAAGGAAGAACAGAAAGUCGAUGCAUAGGCAGGAGCAGGGGCAGUGCUUCUUCCCCAUGUCGAUGUCGAUGUUGUACGGGCCUCUCUGCGACCCGGCAACACUACUGCCGCCCCCUACAUUCCCGUACAACGUUACUUUUAAACAGGGCAACUACGUGCCCCGUGAAGACUUGACAGUGGGCUCCGGCGACAGUCCCCAGUUCGACCUGAUCCUCUGCCUGUCGACCACCAAAUGGCUGCACCUCAACUGGGGCGACGCGGGCCUCAAGCGAGCCUUCCGCAGGAUGUUUGCGGACCUGCGCCCUGGUGGGAAACUAGUGUUGGAGGCUCAGAACUGGGCCAGCUAUAAGAAGAAGAAGCGCUUGACGCAAACAAUCUACGAGAACUUCAACUCGAUCGAGAUGCUGCCGAGCAAAUUUCGCGACUACCUGCUGUCGCCUGAAGUCGGGUUCAGCAAGUGCUGCAUCCUCGGCGUCCCGCAGCACGCCAGCAAAGGCUUCCGGCGACCCAUUCAGCUGUAUAUCAAGGUAAGUUACGUCACCAUGACGUCAUAGAGUGC